AUGGUCGAUUUACUGUUUACACCGUCCUUUUCUGAGGAAGGAAGUAAUGCUAGGCAACGAGAGGAACAGGCAAUUGUUUUCUGGAGGGAUUAUCUACAAGAUUGUGGUGAUGGGGAGGCGCAAGCAACUUUGGAGGAUGUUCUCAUUUUUAGCACUGGUGCAAAUUCACCUCCUCCAAUUGGCUUUGAUGAAGAACCAAAAAUCGCGUUCACCGAAGAGAAAUACCCCAAGGCAAAUACCUGCGUGCAUUUGCUAUAUUUGCCAACAAUACACAACUCCUUUGAAGAUUUCAAAGAAACCAUAGAUUUUGCUAUUUUAAAUUCACCUACUUUUGAACAUGCAUAA